AAGCACGCCAACACUGACGACGUUAAGAAAAAAACAAAGACAAGACCGACAAUAAAAAAAAAAAAAGAGGAAACCGUGUCUCGUGGUUCGUAAACCAAACCAUAUAACAAAAGCCUCAUUUCUCUCAUCAACCAUUGUUGCGUGUUUGGUUAUCUCUUCUUUCUUCUCUCUCACCUAAAUCAAGGGAUUUGUUCUGAUCAACUUUGAACAGAAUUUACAACAAAUCCCUAGAAAAAUCUGACCCUUCCUUCUUCCUCAGGAAGAUUUAAGAUACUUGUUGAUAAGGAUAUUCGGAAGAAGCUUUUGAAAUUUUUGGCAAAGGUCUCAUUUGAUCCGACUUUUCUGUUGAAGGUGAAAUAGAUACAAAAAAAAUGGGCUCAGAGGAAAACAACAGCACAAGCUUUCCACCAACAGAGCCAAAGCUCUGUGAUAACGGAUGUGGAUUCUUCGGGUCACCAUCCAACAUGAAUCUCUGCUCGAAAUGUUACAGAAGCUUAAGAGCCGAGGAAGAUCAAACCGCGGUAGCGAAAGCUGCGGUGAAGAACUCUUUAAAGCUUCCAUCUUGCAGUAUCAUUGCACCUGGACAAAAACAUCCUCUGGAAAUUAAACCAGCUCAUUUGGAAACCGUUGUUGUAACCGCUGAGCCGUCUUCUGUACCUGUAGCCGCGGAACAGGACGAGGCUGAGCCGUCGAGACCUGUUAGACCGAACAACAGGUGUUUCAGCUGUAACAAGAAGGUUGGUGUAAUGGGGUUUAAGUGCAAAUGCGGUAGCACGUUUUGCGGGAGUCAUAGGUACCCGGAGAAGCAUGAGUGUAGCUUCGAUUUCAAAGAAGUUGGACGUGAUGCAAUUGCAAAGGCUAAUCCUUUGGUUAAGGCGGAUAAAGUUCAGAGGAUUUGAAGAAAACAAACUUUGUUAUUUUUAAGUAUUUUCGUUGUCUUCUGCAUUUGAUCAGUUUCUGCCUGGGAUGUUCGAUGUUUGGUUUCCAUGAAUCAAAAUGAAAAUUGCUGUUCUUGCUUUCUCGGUCUCUUUGCUCGUAUAUCUUGUAGAACUACACGCCUUGAGAUUGGAUCAAUCUAUUUGCUGCGUAUUGGUUCUGUUAUGAUUCAACUAAGGGGAUUGAACAUCAUGAUGAAUCAAGAGAUUAGUGCGGUUGUUAUAGAAUCAGUUUAGUACUAUAUUAUAAGAAAAUGUGCUCAUAUGUCAUCCAUGAUGAACAUGAUGGUGGUCUCAAUUAGGUUGACGUGUUGUUGUUUCGGGACUCGGGUCAUCAGAUAACACAGCAAAAGGACAGUCAUACGAGAGAAUUCAUGGAAAAUAGAGAUGAGAUUAUGUGAUUAAUUUUCAUUUUGGCGAUUUGCCAUAAAUACACAAACCGUCGAAGAACAAAAGAAAAACAUUGGAUAUGAAUAUGAUCAUUAUGGGCCAAAUACGGGCCGAGGUGAGUGGGUUCUGGAGCUGGCUCAGAUGACUUACAGUAGGAAGAUGUAUAUGAUUAAUCAUAGAACUUGUUAACUAAUAGGUGGGGCAGUUGCCUGAUAGGUUAUGGAUUACCAUUACCUUUAUAAAGAAGAAGAAAGAAGCUGGUGUGAUACUAAGUAUGAAGACUGAGACAAGGAAGAAAGACUCUAAUUGUAAGAGAGGGUCUUGGCUACUAUCUUUAUUUUAGAACUAUGUCGUUUUAGGCUUGUUGGUGUAUUUAAGCACUGAUUCCGCAUUAUUAGGGUUUUUAUAAAAAUAAUCAAAC